AUGGCGGCCGCAGUUGAGGUAUUGAAUCAAAGACCUCAUGUAUCAACUUCAUGCCCAUUGGCAGGAAAGGAGAUUAAUGUAUUUAAGAGGUUUCAGAAGAUGCGACCCCCAAUCUUCUCUGGGGCAACUGAUCCCAUCGUAGCUGAACACUGGUUGAAGCAUAUAUUGAAGCUAAUGGGGCCGUUGGGAUGUUUGGAUGCUCAGAAGGUGACCCUUGCCACCUUCGCGCUAGAAGGAGAAGCAGAUGAAUGGUGGGAUUUGACAUGCAGGCCCACUCCAACAGGCUACUUGUGGAUGUGGAAGGGAUUCCAGACCAAGUUCAAUGAGAAGUAUUUCCUAGAGUCGUUCUGCGAUGAGAAAGUUUUGCAAUUCUUCAAGCUCAAAUAA